AGGAUGAAGGGAUUUAAGUUCCACGGGGUGCUGUGGUGCUUUCUGGCGGGUGUAGCAUUCGUACACUGCAAGGAAGAAGAGCAUGUUAUAGGGAUCGACCUUGGGACAACAUAUUCGUGUGUUGGUGUUUAUAGGAAUGGACAGGUGGAGAUUGUAGCAAACGAUCAAGGGAAUCGAAUAACACCUUCGUGGGUUGCAUUUUCUGAAGACGGCGAGCAGCUUGUGGGGGACGCGGCGAAGAAUCAAGUGGGAAACAACCCAAGUAACACGCUCUAUGACGUGAAGAGGCUCAUCGGGAGGGGCUUUAACGAACAAUCUGUUCAGAAAGACAUAAAGAGUUUUCCUUUCAAAGUGAGGGAGAGGGACGGCAAGCCGAUGAUAGACAUCUCCUAUCAAGGCAAAAAGAAGUCGCUCGCCCCUGAAGAGGUUUCUGCAAUGAUCUUGAUGGAAAUGAAGAAGAUUGCAGAAGGAUUCUUGGGCACCAAAGUCAAGAAAGCUGUUGUGACUGUUCCCGCAUACUUCAAUGACGCCCAACGACAAGCGACGAAGAAUGCGGGGAGGAUAGCAGGACUAGACAUCCUGAGGAUCAUCAACGAGCCAACAGCAGCAGCGAUUGCAUAUGGAUUGGACAAGGGAGGCACGAUGAAGAACAUUCUUGUCUUUGACCUUGGAGGAGGAACUUUCGACGUCUCGCUGCUGACUGUCAACAAUGGAGUGUUUGAGGUGUUAGCAACCAACGGCGACACCCACCUGGGAGGAGAAGACUUUGACAAGAGACUCGUUGCGCACAUUGUGAAAUCUGCUAUCAGCACGCGAAUCCCAAAAGUCCGACAACUUCUCAAAGAAUUCUUUAACGGCAAGGAGCCGUCUCAUGAUGUGAAUCCGGACGAAGCAGUUGCGUUCGGAGCGACAGUCCAGGCAGGAAUCUUGACGGGACAGGAUUUCGCGCUGAUGGCAGGAGGGAGUCAAUUCAAAGACAUGGUCCUCCUCGACGUAACACCUCUUACUCUCGGCAUCGAGACGACUGGCGGCAUCAUGACUGCACUCAUUGACCGGAAUUCAGCGAUCCCAACGCGCAAGAACAAAGUGUUCACUACGGAAGUUGAUAACCAGCCGAAUGUUUUCAUCCAGAUCUUUCAAGGCGAACGUCAGUUCACCAAAGACAACGCCAAACUUGGGUCGAAACUGUUGGCGAUACAGGGUUGCUAG